AUGAACACCACAUACAUGAACACCACCUCAAAAUGCCCCGACUUCCUUGAAGCACCGCCCAACGUCACAUUUCCCACCUGUGCUCUGGGCUCCUGUGCCAAUAACUCAGCCGUCAUGGCAAGAUGCUGUACCGACACUCCUAUCAUUCCUUACUACUACGACUCUGGCUUCCCAGGAGCCAAGAACGAGACUUCUGGCUGGGGGUCAUAUUGCCAGAUGAAAGACAACGUCUCUGCUGCGGUAUGGGAGAACUGUGUCAGCUUCAAUGGUGCAAACGGUGCUAUUCGAUGGCUGAGCGAGGAAAUCGCAAACUCACCCGUCCUUGCACCAUUUCGACCAUUGGAGCUGGUUGCUUGCGGUGGGUUCGUCGCAGUGACGUGCCUCCGUAACAGAUCAGAAUCCCACGAUCUCGACUACUUUCUCAACAAACGCACCUUUGGUCGACAGUACGAUGCUGUCAAAACAGAAAUGAAACGUCUCAUCAGAAAGAUUGCUGACAAUCUGCAUUUCGUGCCUGACUGGGCCAACGAUGAAAUCACCACCUUUCUGUCUCUUCUCAACAAUCCGGAAGCCCUAUUCAUUGAAUCUAAACAGCAGGGGGAUGUUCUUCAUAGCGACAACAACCUGGUUAUAUACGCAGCAAAGUGGGAAUGGGUACUUGCGCGCAAGUUGAAACGAUUGCAGAGAAUAAACCGAGCUCAGAGUCCCGAUGACUGGCUGGAUUGCAUCUCGAUCGCCACUCUCCUCUACAUCAAGAACGGCCGUUCCAAGCUGAGCCCUCGUAUCCUACAAAGGUACGAUGACACUAACAGAGAGUUAUCUGUACUGCCAGAGACGGUGAAAGAGCUGACAAGACGUGCACGGGAAUCUACUAAUGUGAGCCUCUUCCCUUAUUCUGUCUGGUUCUACACCCACCACGCUUUUCGUUAUCAGUGGGAAACAGGAGAAAGUAUUGCACAUGAUCUGUGGCCACAAAGAAGAGGUCAGAUCCAAGUUUAUGAUGUCGCCCGCUCGAAGUGGAGAUAUUAUGACUGCGAGAAACAGAAAUGGGUAUGA